AUGUAUAUCAAAGAGCCCGAAUUCAUGAAAAUGCUCUAUGAUGACCAUGGAAGGUUUCCCCUUACGGAGAUGCCGACCUACAUAGCCAGAGACCAGUCAAUGUCGAAAACAGCGCUUGGUCUAGUCGCCUUCGAUUCAAAGCCAUUGUCGUCUAUAUCCUACUUCUUUGUCGCUCGCUCAGAAAGGUAUUUUAGAGACUACAGUCGAUGGCCAAAUGCUGAGCUCGGUGGUAGAGAGGGUGGGACGAAUAGCGGUAAGGACAACUCCCACUCGGACCUUGACGAAGUACACUCCAAGCCAAGAGGGAGUUCCGCCUCAUCCCCGGUAUCAAACAGCGGAUCUGAGCACCUGAAAUUGCUUCAAGUCCCACCUCAACCAGCAGCAGGUGCCCAAAACCCUGGAGCAGAUGGUAGCGAAGUAUCUAGAUUUGGCAGCUACAGUCACAGGCCUUUUGAGGCUCUAGCCAACACCAUGCUAGAGGAUAUAUUGGAUCUAAUCGAGACGACUGCCUUCGUAUACUGGUGCCUCGUCCUCGAGCCCACCGGCGAAGGCAAAUACAAACGCGUCGGGUUGGCUAUGCUCUACCCUCAUGCAUUCGAAUCGAUGAAGCCCGAGAUGACGGAAUUCGAGAUAACUUGA